UGAGAGCUAGAAAAAAGAAAAAAAAAACAGAGAGAAAAAAAAGAGAGUUUGAGUGAUUUAAACACUCUGUGUGAUUUGGAGUUUCGAUUUUCUUCUUUGAUUCCCCCCUUUCUCUGUUACGCCCCGCUUCUCUGAAUCCCUUUCUGUUAAUCAUCUGUCUUUCAAAAAGGAAAAUCUUAGUUUUGGGUUUGUUUUUGAUGAUCAAUAUAAAUGUGUAGGAAGCAAACUUUGAACGACUUGUAGAAAGCCAGGUGUUUUCAGAAUCGAGAUCCAGGAAUUUUUUUUUUUAAUUUUAUUUCCUCUAUAUUUCAUUUCAUUCUUUCUUUUCUGGUUUCUUAGAAAAACCAGCUUCGAGGGUGAUUUUUGUUCCCUCAAAGGUUGGAUUUUUGGGUCGGAUUUCAGGGGUUUGUCUAUUUUUAAAACCUCUCUGAUCCUGUUUUCAGGAACCUGUUUUCUUAAAGUUUUGGUAAGAAACAGGGGUUGGGUUUCAGGUUUCUUUUCCUCUUUUUUUCUUCCAACAUCAAAUUUGUGUUUUUAAGGUUGUGUUUAGUUGCAGAAAUGGCGGCUGCCAUGGAUAUCUACAGUAGCAGACCAUCUCAAUCAGAUCUGUUCGGGGAUGAGUUGAUGGGAGCACUUGAGCCUUUUAUGAAAAGUGCUUCUUCUUCCUCUUCCCCUUCUCCUUCCCCUUCUCCUUUCUCUCCUUCUGCUUCCCCCUCUUCCUUCUCUCCUUCUCCUUCUUCCUCUACUUUCUCUCCUUCUUCUUACCUUUCUUUCUCCCAACCACCGUACGGUUUCCUUUCCGAAGGGUGCUCCACUUCCAUGACCACCCAAGGGUUCCAGACCUACGACCCCUUUUCCGGUCUCCAGCAACCCGGAUCUGCAAUCGGACUGAACGACCUUACUCCGGCUCAGAUCCACCAGAUCCAGGCUCAAUUCCACUUCCAGAACAAUCACCAGCAGCAGCAGUUUCUCUAUCCUUCUCAGCAACAAUAUCAGCGGACUAGCAUGCUCAAUAUUCUCAGCCCGAAGCCGAUUCCGAUGAAACAAUUCGGGUCGCCUCCGAAGCCGACUAAGCUUUACAGGGGAGUCAGACAACGCCAUUGGGGCAAGUGGGUCGCGGAGAUCCGGCUACCCAAGAACCGGACGCGCCUCUGGCUGGGCACCUUCGACACCGCCGAGGAAGCUGCCUUGGCUUACGACAAGGCUGCCUACAAGCUCAGAGGCGACUUCGCGAGACUCAACUUCCCCAACCUCCGUCACCAUGGGUCCCACAUCAAUGGCGAGUUCGGCGACUACAAGCCUCUCCAUUCCUCCGUCGACGCGAAACUUGAAGCAAUUUGUGAAAGUUUGAAAGAUUCGCAGAAACAGGGGAAGAAGAAAUCAAAGGAAGCGGCAAACGGUAACGGCGCCAAGAAGCAAGCCCAAGUGGCGACACCAGAGUCCGAGGAGAAAGUCAUGAAGGUGGAGAACUCCCCGACGCUGUCUCCUGUUAUGACGGAGAGCGACGGGUCGGCAGGGUCUUCGCCUUUGUCAGACCUUGCAUUCUCGGACUUCAACGAGCCGCAGUGGGAGAUUCUUUCUUCUUCGGAGAAUUUCAUGUUGCAGAAGUGCCCUUCUUACGAGAUUGACUGGGCAUCUAUUCUGUCCUCUAAUUAAUCUGUUUAUGUAGGGAGUUUUUGUUAGUAAUCUAUUUUAUGUUUCUGCAAUUGUAGGGUGCCGCCUGCAAUGGAGUUUUAGGCAGUUGCAGGACGGCGGCGUCGGAGUCUAGUAGCAGUGUAGGAUAUGUUAAUAUUAUUAUGAUGUAUAAUCUCCGCCGUGCUCAGCUGGGUUUUUUGUCACGCUGGACCCCGGGGAAAAUAUUAAUUUCUGUUGUGUUCGUUGGCGUUCUGUAAAAUUGAAGAAUUUCAUUCAUGCAAUUUAUUUCA